UGUUCUUCACCGACUGCGGCGCCAACUGCAACGACGGUUCGGGCUGUCUAUGUGAAUGAAAAACAUUGAUUUCGUUUUCAUGAAAAGAUGUUAUGUAGGCUCCAAAAAUGGGCGAAAUAAGUAGUGGUUUAGAUGAAUUGAGUAUUAGUAGUAAUCUAUUCGCCGGUGUGAAGUAUUAUUUAAGUGGUAAUGUUAAAGACAAGGUCCUUAGUUUACUUCAAGAUGGAGGGGCUGAACAGCAACAACAUUUUGAUUUCUGCACUCACUGUAUUGUGGGCGAUGAUGCACCUGAAUCAGACAUCAUCAGUGCCAAAGAUCUGUAUGAAGUACCUGCCGUCACACAGCAAUGGGUUCUUCAGUCCAUUGAGUGUGGAAAAAUACUUCCCACCAAAGGUUUUUCUGCUGAGUCCAAUCAAUUAUUCAGUAAUAUUAGAGUAUCAUACUCUGGUCUGAAAAAAGCUGAUGUACAUGCGUUAUGGGCAAUGAUAUCAUUUUACGGAGGACAAUUUAAAAAAUCAUUCGACUCAUCUUGCACUCACCUUAUAGUAGGAAAGCCACAAGGGGCAAAAUAUGAAGCUGCAUUAGAUCACAAUGUGACUGCUGUAACACCAGACUGGGUAACAGACAGUGUCAAAGCAAAGUUUCUUCUUGAUCCUAUUUCCUAUCAUCCUCAACUUUUAAUCAUACCAAAGCCUCGCACCCCUACUCCUCCGGCAGUGUUGGAUAAAACUGUGUCUUUGAUUACUGGCUUUGCUGAUGAAAAUGAGAAUUCAGCUACCACCUCAACUGCUAAAGUGACACCUUCCAUCCCAAUUUCUACAGCACCUACAACCAAGGUAGUUGUUCCAAGUGGAGAUCCUAAAGCCAUGAUACUGGAACAACUUAAACAGAGAAUGCCAUGGAAUCAACCAGCAUCAACAGGGACAACACCCUCUUCUCAGCCGGCUACCCAAGUGCCCAUAUCUGCUCAGCAAUUGCGAGUAACUCAACCACAACAGACGCCUCUCACACCAACAUCUACUCAGCAGCUGCAGCCUAGUUUACAACAGCAAGCAUCUCCCGCUCAACAUUUACAACACCCACAGCAUCAGCAAAAUUUGGCGCCUGGACAAAUGAUGUUGCAACAGCAACCACAACAGCUGCACCAACAGCCUCAACAAAGUCAAGCUCCUCAGCAGCAACAACAACAGCCUCAAUCCAUACAGCAGCAGGCCCAGCAAAUGCAACAGCAGCCUCAGCAAAUGCAACAGCAACCUCAGCAAAUGCAGCAGCAGCCCCAGCAAAUGCAGCAGCAGCCCCAGCAAAUGCAGCAGCAACCCCAGCAAAUGCAACAGCAACCCCAGCAAAUGCAACAGCAGCCCCAGCAAAUGCAACAACAGGUCCAGCAAAUGCAACAGCAGCCUCAGCAAUUACAACAACAUCCCCAAAUGAUUCAGCAGCAACCUCAGCAAAUGCACCCUCAACAAAUGCAGCAGCUUCAACAAUCUCCUCAGCACAUACAACAGCAAUUACAGCAAUCUCCUCAGCAAUUGCAGCAACAGCAGCAACAGCAGCCUCAACAACAGCUCCAGCAACACCAACAACUACCACCGCAAGGACAACCUCAGCAACUUAUGCCAAUACAACAGUUGACGCAACAACAGUUCCAUCAACUAACACCUCUGCAGCAGCAGCAAUAUAUUCAAAGGAUGCAACAACUUCAACAACAACAGCAACAGCAGCAACAGCAGCAACUACAGCAGCAAUCCCAGGUUGUUACUGUAAGCUCGUCAGGCAAUGUUCUGAACCAAUCUAUGUCCCCAGUACCGUUACGUUCAAUCAACCAAAGCAUGGCCCCUCCCAAUCAGCAACAGCCAACUAUGAUCACAACGAUUGCAGGCGCCCCAGGCCUAAUGCAACAGCAGCAGCUUCUAGUGCAGAAACAGCAGUCCCCUCAGCAUCAAACGGCAUCUCCGCAAGCGCAGCAACAAAGAGUUAUCCAACAAGGUCCUAUCCAACAAGGUCCUAUCCAACAGGGUAUUCAAUGGAGACCACCUGUGUCUGGGCAGCAGACUCCAGGUCAACAGCCAGUUCAAGUUUCUUCUCCUCAGCAUGUUCAAGUUGUACCUAAAUUGAUGACGCAACAGCAACAGCAGCAACAACAAUCACAAGCACCUCAGCAGCAACAGCAGCAGCAAUUCAUUUUGCGAGAUGGCCAACUGCAACAACUCCCUCAACACUAUACCUUAACUGUGCAACGUGAACCAAUAUUAAGAGAUGCGGCUGGAAAUCCACUUUCACGUCAACAGCAGCAGCAGUACCAUAUCCAAAGACAACAGCAGCUGCAGCAGCAGCGUCAGGGCCUCCUUCAGCAGCAGGGGCAGGCUCCUCAGCAGGGACAAAUCAUUCAAGUAAACUCUCAGCCUGGUCAAAUCAUUGUGUCUCAAGCAGGCCCUCAAACAAGCCAAUCAGUCCAGAGUGGGCAAGUUAUUCAAACAACUCAAGUUAUCCAGCAGGGUCAAGUUAUUCCUCAGGGGCAGGCGAUCCAACAAGGACAAGUCUUGCAACAAGGACAAGUCAUUCAACAAGGACAAGUUGUUCAACAAGGACAAGUUGUUCAACAGGGGCAAGUUAUUCAACAGCAGGGGCAAGUUGUUCAGCAACAGGGGCAAGUUGUUCAGCAACAGGGGCAAGUUGUUCAACAACAAGGUCAAGUAGUUCAGCAAGGUCAAGUACUCCAGCAAGGCCAAGUUGUUCAACAAUCUGGUCAGGUCCUACAGCAAGGCCAAGUCCUCCAACCUGGCCAAGUUCUGCAACAAGGACAGGUAAUUCAGCAAGGCCAAAUCCUUCAGCAAGGCCAAGUGCUUCAACAAGGCCAAGUCCUCCAGCAAGGCCAAGUCAUUCAGCAAGGCCAAGUCAUUCAGCAAGGCCAAGUCCUUCAACAAGGCCAAGUCCUUCAGCAAGGCCAAGUCAUUCAGCAAGGCCAAGUCAUUCAGCAAGGCCAAGUCCUUCAGCAAGGUCAAGUCCUUCAACCUGGUCAAGUUCUUCAGCAAGGCCAAGUCCUUCAGCAGGGGCAAGUUAUUCAACAAGGGCAAGUGAUUCAGCCCGGUCAGGUUAUCCAGCAAGGUCAAGUCAUUCAACAGGGACAGGUUGUCCAGGGAGGCCAGCCUCAGUUACAGCAACGUCAAAUUGCAUAUGCUCAGCGUAAUGUAAUUCAAGUAGAUGCCCAAACAAGAGCUCAAAUGCAACAAAUGAAUCCAGAGCAACAAGCAUUAUUCCUGCAAAAGAAGAUGGAGAGACAGAAGCAAAUACUGCUUCAACGACAAAUGCAGCAGCGAGCCCAGCAACAAGCACAACUCCAAAUCCAGGGACAGAGUGCACAACCUCAAGUUCAAAUAGCUCAAAAUCAAGUUCCCCCAGGACAAGUUUCCCAAGCCCAGAUUCAGCAAGGGCAGAUUCAACCAGCUCAGAUUCAGCAGUCUCAAAUUCAACAGGUGCAGGUCGCACAGGUCCAAGUUCCUCAAGGGCAGCUUCCAUCGGGGCAGUUGAUUCCAAACAACAUUCCCCAGGGUCAGAUGCCACAGGUUUCCCAACAGGCACAGGUUCAGCAGCAGGUUCAGGGGCAACCUGUACCUCAGGGGCAGGCUCAGCUGAGACAGGUGGCUCAGGGACAAGGUGGACAGCAACAGGUCACUGUCAUCAGUCGAAUCAUGCCGCAGGGACUGAAUCAGCAGCAGCAGCUUGUGUGGAUGCAGCAGCAGCAACACCGAGAGAGGCAAUUGCUUCUUCAGCAGCAGCAGCUUGCACAGAAUCCUCAACUGAGACAGCAGGUUCUAGUGCAACAGCAAGGACGUAUUCGGCAGCCAUCUAUGCUUCAAGCUCAGCAGCAACCUGGUGUGCAACCAAGUGCAGCUCCAGUCCCCCCUGGACAGGCAGCCACUCCUCAACAACAGCAACAGUUUGCAAUGCAACAACAAAUGAGAAUGCAGCAACUGCAGAUGCGUGAACAAGCUCAGAAACACCAGGUUAUGGUUCUCCAAGGGCAACGUAUGCCAUACUCUCCUCAGGGCACAGGUGCUUUAACUCAAGUGGCUGUCCGUGCACCGCUGCAGCCUGGACAGGCGCAGACUCAGCAGCAAACCCAGCAAGUUCAAUCUCAACAACCAGGAAAUGCUGUCUCUGGUUCCAGCAAUGCUUCUGAUUCAAACACUCAGGAGCAGUUUCAGGGAGAAGGGACGCAGUCUAUUCCAGUCGCUCAGCCAGCUGCUAUUCCGGCUCCUUUGCCACCUCCCAUGCCAGCGCCUUUGGCGCCAUCACUGCCUUCAUCUCAAACUCAGUCCCUGGUCAAUUCAAAAACAAAAACAGCCCUAGCUAACAUGUUGAGUAACAGGUUGAAUGGUGGUGGAGGGCAGCAUCAUACUACAUCUACCACUACCACUCAGCUUCUCGCACCAGAGGGGAGUGCAGCAGGGCAGUUGCGAAGAAUGACAGCCCAGCACCAUGCAGCGCAACAACAGCAGCAGCAACAACAACAGCAACAAGCUGCUCAAAUGACUCCUCAGCAGCUAAUAUUAUUCCAGCAACAGCAAAGGCGCACUUUAAGUAAUAUUACAAACAGCACACCCGGAGUGGCAGUUGCUGGUGCAGCAGGUGGUGUAUCUCCAGUAAGAGUAGCGGGUGUACCAGGUCAGGUGGCAGUGGUUGGGCAGCCGGGCAUGCCACCUGGACAUUGUGGACCUCAUGGAGGAGCCCUUACACCUCAACAAAUUCAAGCAGCCAAACAGGCUCGUGCUGGGCAAAUGGUUGCAAAAGCUGGCAUACCACAACAACAUCCAGAACCGGUGGAGUACUAUGGUCAUCAUCCCAACACUAAAAUUCCUCCAGACAUGUGCCUUCUCGGGUGUGUCUUUUUCAUUGUGGAAUAUGAUGAGACUUAUCCAAAUCUGUUAAAUAGUUGGAGGAAAAUAAUCAGAGAUUAUGGAGGAGAGGAAGAUCCUGUGUAUGGUCCCCGUGUGACUCAUGUACUCUGUGAAACUCAAACCAAUCCUAGGGUAAAGCAAGCUAUGCACGAUGGAAAGCGUCUUAUUACAGCUCAGUGGUUGAAUGAUGUGAUAUUGAAACAACAGAUGUUUCCUCCAUGCCAUGCUCUACAUUUUCCCGUACAGUUUGGGGACGUCAAACCUUGUAAAAACAGGAUAAUUGCACAUUCUGGUUUUGAAGGUGAAGAAAGGUUACGUAUUAAAGAAAUGAUUGAGUUAGUUGGAGCCAAGUGUACUUCUUAUUUUAGUCAGCAAAAUGACCUUCUAGUCUGCCGCAAGCCUGAAGGAGCCAAGUAUCGCCAAGCUAGAGAAUGGGGCAAGCCAGUAGUAAAUGCUCACUGGCUGUUUGAAGUUAUGUUUUGUUCUUAUAAUUGCAUCCGUCGACCUGAACAAAGAAGAUUUCAGCAAUUUAAUUUAUUAAAUCCAUUUUGCAUUAAUUGUGAUGCUGUGCCACAUCUUAUGGGUCCAUGGACAAACCCGGUGCUUGUCACCCAAGAGGCCUAUGAAAGAGCUAAACUUAGUAUGUCUCCACGCCGUAAGAAACCCCGUUUAGAUAAAGGACCAGACUGGUCUCAGGAAAAUGUAAAACAGGAAGAAAUGGACACAAAUUGUAUUGGGCCUACUGAAAACAAAGAAGGGUCACCUAUCAUCCUGUUAUCAUCAGUGACUGAUACUGCAGGACUACAGCAGAAAAUUCACGAGUUGGGUGGCAGUGUUACAAAAGUGAGCAGAGAGGCAACACAUUUGGUUAUGUCAAAACCACAAAGAACUGUUAAGUUUUUAUGUAGUGUAUCAUGUGUAAAGUAUAUAUUGUCGGAAUCUUGGAUCUCAGAUAGCUAUUCACAGAAAAAGUUUCUAGAUGAGAGUAAUUACUCUAUUCAAGACUCAGAUUUUGAAGCCAGUAAUAAUUUUAUAUUUUCUGAGUUAUUAGCCAAUCCAAAUAGAACUCAGCUGUUUAAGAACAAAAUAUUUUACAUAACUCCUGGAGUAAUACCCUCACCAGCUUGCCUUCGAGAAAUUAUUGAGCAUGCAGGUGGUUCAGUCGACCGACAAAGAAGAACCUUAAAAGAGAUUUUAGAACUCAAUUCUGGUACAGGUAGUGGACCUUUCCAGAAUCACUUUCAUGGUCCUCACUCUAUUACUUCAUCAAUGGCAAUCACUUCUUAUUCUUCAUCAGCCUCUCUAAAUACUAGCAAUACCCAAUCUACUAUGAUAGCUUCUACAGCAGACUUAAAUUCCCAACCAUCUCUCUCCAAUGGACCUAGUACAAGUGUUAGUGGCUCAAACCACAUACCAAUGUCAAAUGCAACAGAAGCAGAUUCUGCAAGCAAACCUGUCACUGCUAGCAAACCUGUCACUUCUAUUUCAAGUUCUUCUCAGGAAACAUCCAGUUCUGUCCCCACCAUAUCUGAUGCUAAUGGUAAUACAUCACUACUGAACAAAGAUGAACCAAUGAUGGUUGACUCAGAAAUAAAAACUGUCAUCAAACAAGAGAUUUCAGAAAAUGUAAAUGAUGAAAAGAAACACAAUUCCAUAGAAAACAAACCAGAUGGAAGAAAGCAAGAUGAUUUAAAUGACUUGGAAGACGGAAAGAAAGAUCCAAAAGACCUUAUGAAACCACCAGUUCCCAUUGGCUUCAAUGCUCCAAGAGAUUUUAGGGCCAAAAUGGACAACACAAAGAAAGAGCCUGUCUACCUCGUCAUAUCAGUCUUUAAUGACCUUCAUCUUGUGAAAGAUCUUCUCAAAGCUAAAAUAGGAAUUUAUAGUGCUGAGUUUGUCAUGAGUUCUAUAUUGAAGCAGAAGAUAGACUUUGACUCUGCCAUAUAUGAUGAUCAAUAGUCUGAUAAGUGGAGUAUUUCUUGUGUUACCAUUUGUUGAUAUUUUAAGACUGAGUUCUGAUAGACCAAUCUCAUAUCCGAUCUAGGUUUCAGUCACAAAUAUCUGUUUAAUACCUGUCGUGUUCAUGUGUGUACAGUUUUGUGUAUGUCUGUUUUCACUUGAUUGUUAUAGUUUUAUUGGUUUGUACAAAAUGAUUAAAAAAAUCUGUUGUAACAUAUUUUUGUGUACCAUUUGGGUUCUUUUUCUUUGUAAUUUUCCUUUGCAUACUAUUUUUAUUGAGGCUCUAUCUGUAGUUUAUGGAUUUGUUGAAGUGAAUAUUCUGACCAAUGUCUUUAUUAAAUAGUCAAUUAUUUUUUAAAAAAAGAUUUCUUUGGCAUUAGUUUUAUUUUAAAGUUUGUCGCCUUUGAACCAAUGUAGAAAGACCUCAGUUUUUAUAAAUAGGGAUUACCUUAACACUACUACAUCUAGAGUGUGGUAUUAUUACUGCAAGUGCAUUUUGUUCCACUAAGAGUUAAGCAUGUUUUAUCGCAUGUAUACAAAAUAAGUUACUUGUGCUAUUAAGGUAAUAGAAUUGUAGUUUUCAGUGCAACCGUUAAACUUUUAGUUAUUUGUUCUUGUGUGUUGAGAGUAUGGAAAUCAUAGCAGCUUUCCAUGUUUUUAUUUCUUUUUAUUUACCAAAGAUUGUCCACACAGACUGAGCACAACAAUCAUAUAUGUAACUUAAUUUGUAAAGAGAAGGACAACACUCUCUUUUCAUAUUGUACAUUCUCCUUGGAAUUUUUGUUUGCAGAAGUUGUUGAUCUAUAUAACAAGGUUAAUUUAAUUAUAUGGCUGUGCUAUUCAAGAGAAACUUUUAUCAUCAGUUUUGGAUUUUCUGUUGGAGCUUUGUGUUACUACAUUGGUACAAAAUUGAGCAAGAGGAAGUGUAUUUUGUAAAUUUUAGCCCUUAGGCCCUCCUUGUUCUGACCCUUCCGGAAAAUUUAGUACCUCUGUGUUCACAUGAAGUCUUUCACUUUAUAUUACCAAUUUGUAAAUAUAUAUUUUUUUUGUGGAAGUCUCCAAUGUCAGUGCAAUGUGCAAAUGUAUUUCUCUUUUCAAUGAUUUUAAUGAAGUAUAGACUUGUGUUGUCAGUAA